AUGCCACACCCGGGAACGGGUGGUGCCCUCGACACACCGCGAACCAACAUUGGGGAUGCAACAUACCUCUCACAGAGACCUGACUUUGCCGAUGUAUCCCAAGAGGCCUCUUUCGUGUCGCCCGCGAAAGAUGGCAACCUUCUGCAGCAGAUGCGCAACGGGCGUACCAGCGGGGUCAAUCUGCGAACACCACGACAGCGAGGGCCCCUUUCCGACAAAUUCAACAUGCCGCAGAGUAUAGGUGGCGCCGAGUUCACGCCUCUGCUCAAGUCUGCGACACGGAAUAGCGUAAUGAGAGGCAAGGAAAACGGCCGUGCUGUUCCCAAUACGCCGGCCCUGAACCGCAUAGACGAAGCAGACGUGACUGCUCUCCCCGCAAUGGACGCCUCCAUGUACACAGGCUCGCGCAACGAGUCUUACAUGGAUCAGACACUCCCACAAGUAGCCACCAGCAGUCCUGCGUCGACACCACUAGCCAUUCCUCGGCGACGAGGUGGCGCCGACAAAGGACCAUUACAAGACGGAAAUGCUCUUUCGCUGCGUGAGCAGGAGAACGUGAUCGAUAGGAUCGAGAAGGAGAACUUUGGUCUCAAGCUCAAGAUCCAUUUCCUCGAGGAAGCGCUGCGCAAGGCUGGCCCCGGCUUCAGUGAAGCUGCCCUAAAGGAGAACACGGAGCUGAAAGUCGACAAGGUCACCAUGCAGAGGGAACUGCAUAAGUACAAGAAGCAUCUUAGCAAUGCGGAGAAGGACUUGGAAGACUAUCGCCAGCAGAUGCUCGCGCUACACGAGAAAGCCAAGCGCAAGUAUGCCGACGAGAACCUGCGCGCAGAGAUGGAGCAACUACGCCAGACAAUGGAGCAGAGGGAAGCCGAGAUCGAAGAUCUUCGGAGCAAGCUCAAUGAGGGACAAAAGGGGUCGGAGCAGGUCGAAAAGUUACAGGACGACAUUGCCGACCUUGAGGCCGACGUGCGGGAGAAGGACCGAUUUAUCAGCGAACGCGACGACGCCCUGGAAGAUCUUAACGAACAAGUGGUUGAAUUGAAGGAGCAGCUAGCGAACGAGAAGGAACGAGCAGAAGAAGUGGAAGAGCAGUUGCGUGAUGCCCAAAAACAAACGACAAGCAACGCAAGGCUAGAGAAGCUACAAGACGACAUUGCGGAUCUACAAGCAGAACUCGGCGAGAAGGAACGCUUACUUGACGAGAAGAGUGAUGCAUUCCACGACCUUAAAUCUCGCCUGGCGGCUGCUGAAGACCAGCUACAGGAUCAAGGGCAAUUCGACAAGCUUCAGGACGAAAUCACCGAGCUCAAGACCAAUCUGCGUGAAACGAGUACCCGCCUGCAGGAGAAGGAGGCCGCUUUGAAGGAUUUGAGGCCGAAGCUCGAGGAUGCCGAAUCCCAGGCGGCUGAUCGACAAUACGCCCUCGAAAAACUGCAAGAAGAGAUUCAAGAUCUCGAAGCGGAGCUACGAGACAAGGAACGCAUCGCAACCGAGAAUGAAGAAGCAGCUGAAGAUCUUCGGGAUGAGCUGAAGAAAACUAGACUUGACGCAACCGCCAGUGACGAGUUGGAGAAGCUGCAAGACAAUGUCGAGGAGCUCGAGGCUGAGCUGAAGGAGAGAGACUUAUCCCUCAACGAGAAGGACUACGAACUGGAGCAGCUCCGCGCUGAGCUGAGAAACGCAAGGCUCCAAGCAAACAACUACGAAGAACUGGAGGAUCUUCACCGCGCUGUUGAAGAGCUGGAGACCGAGUUGCAGGCGAAGGACCAGUCGCUCAACGACAAGGAAACUCUUGUCAGCCGCUUGAGGGAGGAGCUGCGGGUCGCUUCAGCUAACGCAGCUAACCGCGAAUACAUCGUGAAGCUUGAGAAUGACGUUGAAGACUUGGAGACGGAAUUGCAGAGAAAGGACCGAUCCACUCAACAGCUGGAGCGAAGUCUGGACAGCCUGCGUGCGGAACUCAGCCUUGCUACGUCAAAAGCCGAUAAUCACGAACACCUCGAGAAGCUGCAACAGGAAGUGUCCGGUCUAGAAGCCGAGCUCAGCAGGAAAGAUUGGGCAUUGAACGAGAAGACCGAUGACCUGAAGAAGAUCAGCAACAAGUUGGCUGCUGCUGGAGAUGAGGCGGAGAGUCUGCAGGACGGCAUCCGCGAUCUUGAAGCCAAGCUACGUGCAAAAGACCGCAUCAUAGCUGACAAGGAAGAGAUGCUGGCGGAAACACAAGCCAAACUUGCAGCAGCCAAAAAGAAGAUCAAGGACCAGGGUCGCUUUGACGAAUUGGAAGAGAACAUUAAGGGUCUUGAGCUUGAGCUGAGGAGGAAGGACAGGACCUUGCUUGAGAAGGAGGAAAUGCUCGAGAGCCUACGCAACCGUCUGUCUGCAUCAAAGGACAAAAGCAUGGUCCAGGGGCGGGUAGAGGAGCUACAAGACAAGGUUGAUGACCUGGACGCAAAGCUCAGGGGAAAAUCUCGACUGAUGGGGGAGAAGGACGAUGCCUUGAGUGAGCUACGGAGUAAGCUCGACAAGGCAGAGACCAAGGUCAGGGACCUGGAGCAACAAAUCGAAAGCGUGAGCCAAAGUGGUCCUCCAUCGCCCCGACAGAGCAAGGAGUUGCAUGAGGCCAAGGCAUCGCUCGAGGAUCUCGAAGACCAGAAGGUGUUGCUCGAGGAAAUGCUCGACGAAUCACGCCAAGAAGUCGAGGGGCUUGAGGACAGGGCGCGUCAGCAACAGGAGACUAUCAACAGACUCUUCUCCUCGGAAGACGCACUCAGGACGCAGCUCGAGAAAGCCCGCAAUGAGCACUCCAGCUAUCGCCAACAGGCGCUGGGGCAGGAGAAUCUGGAAAGUGAUGCGCAACGGCAACAGGAGAUGAUUGAUGCUCUGAUGGCCUCUGAAGCAAACCUCCGCCAGCAACUCAAGCGAGCUCGCGCCGAGCACGCAGCAUACCGCAAGACUGCUGCCGAAGCCGAGCAUCUUGAGAAUGACGCUUACCAGCAACAGCAAGAGGUCAUCGAUGCACUGACUGCGUCGGAGAGUUCUUUGCGCCGCAAGCUGGAGCGCAUGCGUGCCGAGCACGCUACUUACAAGCAGACCGUGGCCGAGACGGCCAACUUGGAGCACGACGUCCAGCAGCAAAAACGGACGAUUGACAACCUUGUUGCCGCAGAAGCCUCAUUGCGUCGCAAACUUGAGCGUGCAAGAAGUGAGCGAGCUGCAUACCGUAUGAGCGCUGAAAAGCUCCAGCGAGAUGCGCAACGGUCACACAAGACGGACGACAUGGCGCUCGUGUCCGCCAAGGGAGCCCAUGCCUCAGAUGAAGCCAUGUCUACUCUUGUCCGUGCGGCUGAGAGUGCCGAGGAUAGGCACCGAAAGGAACUCAGGGGCCUCGUCAUGCAGAUGGAAUGGAUGCAAGCUCGCUGGGAGAGAGAGGCGUCGUUGCGCUGUGAUGCUGCAUAUGCGAAGCGAUUCAUUCAGCUUCAGCUUGACAUUGCCAACGCAUGCAACAAAGCGCAACUUCGAGAUCUGGAGCAUCUUCGCACCAAUCUGCUCGGCAACCGGCAGCCUCUUGCGCUGCCUUCUCAUCUCAAGAACCAGGAAAAGACGCGGCCAACGUUCAAGUCGUUCUUGGUCAUGGCACGGUUUGUCGCCCGGAUGCGUAUAUCGGCGAAGAAUUGGUCUCAACAGGAAAAGGUGCGGGCGAAGCUCAUUGCCGCGACAGAGGAGCAGAAGAAGAGCAAAACGAGGCGGCAGCUCAAAGUGAUACGCGUAGAGGAAGAACCUGUCUUUUGA